AAUGUCAAUGCAGGAAGCUCUCUCUCUGUCUACGUGCCUUUCACCUCGUAUGAACUCUCAUCCUGCCUACAUCAGCCCGCCUCGCAGGAUGCUGAGCUGAGAGUCAUCCAGCACUUCUCUGCAACAACAGGUUUUUGAAUAACUAGGGGACAAAAAAAUGUCUGCAUUUUUCCAAUUGCUGAGAAAGAGAAAGGAGUUGAUCCCUCUGAUUGGGUUCACAGGAUUAGCUGCAACAGGAGCCGUUUCUGCUGCAUUCUACUUUCUAUUUACUAAAAGUGAUGUCAUACUGAAUAAGACCAGCAACCCACAACCAUGGGAGAGAGUGGACCCAACCAAACCCCAGAAGCUCAUCACCAUCAACCAGAAGUGGAGACCAGUGGAGGAGCUGGAGCUGGUGAAGAGCCUGACCAAGUGAGCAAAAAAAGGCCGACAUCUGCUUAUAAAACAUCCACAGUGUGACGACCUGCCCGCCCAUCUGCCCGUCUGCCCGCCUGACUGCCCGCCUCCACACCGCUCCCCCCCCCCCAUCAGUCUAACAGAAUCCUUUCUGCACAAACUAGGAAUCUUUGACACUCAGUGUGCGGAAAUGCUUCUGCUCCACUGGUGGGGUUUGACCCCGCCGAGUCCAAGGACGUCCAUCCAAAACAAUAGACAACUGUGAUAACAGUUAAUUAAACUGUCGUGACGUCAGCGCUAUUCUGAGCGAGCUGCGUGUGUGAUGAUGUGAUGGUGCAGCCGGUGGUCACACAGCGACCCAGAUGUGUGUAAAAAUGUAAACUGAGUAAACAAUGUUCUGUACAGCGCUAUUAAAUUAUUAUUGUGUGAAAACA